UUUCCUGAGCCUGAGUUCCGUCUCCGAGCCUGCCGCGCUCUCCGAUUGGAUAGAAAUCAGAUCAGCUGAUGUUGUCCGCUUAGGAUUCGUUGUCACUGUCUCCGCCCCCUCACCGUCUGCUGCAGCAGUGACUCCAGCAGCGGCAAGUCGGUGGUGCGCGUCCCCGGGGCUGAGCGGCGGUGCGCGGGCACGGAGGAUCGCCCAUGUCAGAGGCCGGCGGAGAUGUGGGGGUGAUGGCGGAAGCAUCGGAAUCGCCAAAUCUUCAUCACGGGAGAGAGAAGGAGUCGGACAGAGGUCUUCAGGCAAGCCCACCCAAUGCUGAUCAUCCACCCACAAUGACGUCGACACUUGAUCUCCCUUCAACACAGGAGGUCACACAGUUUCAGCAAAAAGAUCCUGAGCACGGUUCACAGGAGCCUGUAGACUGUACCGGAGCCGAUGAUAAAGAGCAGACCGCAAAUGUUCUUGAGCAAAGCACUUUGGAGAAGAAAGACUUGAAGGAGGUCCCCAUUGAGGUUACAUCAGAUGGGGCUUCACAGUUGGACAGCAAGGUGGUCACUGCAGAUGGUGACUCCUUACAGGAUAGGCUUUAUAUGGUUGAAGACUCGAGCCAGGAUGGUUCAUCGCUCUUGGCAGAGGAGCAUAGAGAGCAGGGAACUGUUGGAACUGUUUUUGAUGACAACUUGUUCCCGAGAACUUUGCAGGUUGAUUCAGAUGGGAAUUUGGAGACAAACCACGAAGAGGCUACAGUAGAUCAUGACUUAAAUCAGACUUCUGAGAAGGUGACCGGGGACACUGAGAAGCCGGCUGUGGAUGACUCUGCCAAUGUGACCAAACUGGAUGUUACAUCCUCGGAGCCCGGACCUGCAGUUGCAGAAUGUGAGGAUGACGUCAAGGAUCUAACUGAUUCCGCCUCUACGGAUAACACAUUUGAGGACUCUGGAGAUUUCACCAGCAUCUCCUCAGUUGUUGGAGGAGUAGCUACUGAGGCAUCCCCACCAACUACCCCUGUCCAGCGUGAUGAGGACGUCACAGCGGAGAGCUGGCGCACCAAACGCAAGCACGUGUUUGUCCUGAGCGAGGCCGGGAAGCCCAUUUACUCCCGUUACGGCAACGAGGAGGCCCUGUCUUCUACCAUGGGUGUAAUGAUGGCGCUGGUCAGUUUCGUCCAGAGCGGCAAUAACUGUAUCCGUUCCAUCCAGUCAGACAAACACAAGGUGGUCUUCCUGCAGCAGGGACCGCUGGUGCUGGUGUCUGUAUCCCGGGCCCCUCAAUCGGAGGAGCAGCUGAGACGGGAGCUGCAGUACGUUUACUACCAGAUCAUCAGCAUGCUGACCCAGGCCAGUGUAGCUCGGAUCUUUGAGCGCAAGAAGAACUACGACCUGCGACGUCUUCUCGCCGGCUCUGAGAAGAUCCUGGACAGCCUCUUGGACUUGUUAGACACUGAUCCCGGCUUCCUCCUGGACGCUGUGCAGUGCGUGGCGUUACCCAGCCCGCUCCGGGAUUCGCUGAGCUCCAUGCUCACCAAGACCAUCACUCCAAAUCUGGUCUUCUCCAUUUUGGUAGCAGAGCAGCAGCUUGUGACUGUGGUGCAGGAGCGGGCGGUCAUCGAGGACUGCCGCCUGGAUCCCGCUGACCUCCACCUCCUGCUCAACCUCAUUGGGGCCUCCUCUGCCUUCCAGGCGGGUGAGAUAUGGACUCCUAUCUGUCUCCCUCGCUUUAACCCCGAUGGAUACUUUUAUGCUUAUAUCUCCUACUUGGACCCCCAGUGCACUGUGUGCUUGGUGCUACUGUCUACCGAUAAGGAGUCCUUCUAUGCUGUAUCCGGCUGCAAGAGGAAGAUCCAGGAGGCCAUGGAGGCGCAGAACUCUUUGCAGGCCCUGGCCGGAGCUCUCCGGAGCUGCUCGUACAGCGUCUCUCUUGUGGGGAUCCCUGAGCUGCUGCACUUUGUCUACAAACCUCUGGACAUCCCCGACACCUACCGUCAGCUUCCGCAAUUUACAAGCCCUGAGACGGACGGUCCCUACUCCAGCCAGGAGGAGAGGCAGAGACUGUUUGAUUUGUACCGGUACCUCCACUGCCGCAUCCACAGCUCGGUGCGCCCGCUGCGACUCAUCUACCACGUGGCGGAGAAAGAGACACUGCUGGCCUGGGUCACUAGCAAGUUUGAGCUGUACACGGCGUUCAGCUCCUUGGUGACCAAAGUGGGCGCGAUUAACGUCAUUACCAAACUCCUGCGCUGGAUCAAGAAGGAGGAAGACCGGCUGUUCAUACGUUACCCCCCAAAGUAUUCCACCACUCCCCUUCCAGGGAAAGGGGUGAAAGCCAGCCGGACUGAUCGGACUGACCCUUCUCAGAACGGCUUUUUCUCCGGACUCUAGCUAAAACGAUGGUGCAGAACCACCCAUAGUAGCCGGCCCUGUCGGCACCCCUUGCAGUGUUGUCUAACCGCUACGUUCUAAAUGUGCAUCCCCGGGACUAGAGUACUAACCCGCGUGCAGCCCCUCCACGGGAGGAUGCAUUGUCUAUGGAACUGGAGACCAUUGCUGCAACUUCUAAUGCGUUCUGUUCUAGUUUCCUUCUGUGUCCUCAGAAUAAAGCUGCUCCAGACAAAA